AGCGCUCUGCAUAUUUGUUUAAACAUGGACGUCUGAGAAGCAAACUAGGUUGCCCUGCAGGUGCACGGUUGGUGAUAUCAAAAUGGGAGAUGGAAUAGAAGUAAAGAGGUGUGGAGUAAAGUUCACUCCCCCUGCCCUUGUGUUAAAUUACCUCAUCAAAGAUACAGGGAAAAUGCACAGAAGAACUAUGCCUCUUCGGCAUUUUAACAAAAACUCAAGUGUUGAUGCAACUGUUGAUGAAUUACUGUCAAAUCCUAGACACAGCAAGUAUUUGAAAUGCAUGCCAAAAUUUCAACUGUACAGACUCGUAUCUAUUAUAAAGGAUAAGUUAAGUGGAAUGUCCUUGGAAGAGAGUUUAGCAAGAAAUGAUGAGAUUGACAAACUCGAUCCAGAGGAAGAUCUUAACAAACUUGAUGAUGAAACACUCAGGAGAAAAAAGUCAAUCAUGGAAGACACCUUUGAAAAGAAUCUGAAAAAGCCGGGAGAUCCGGGUUUCGAAUAUGAUGUACAAAUGGACUUUGAUGAAGUUGAGGCUUGUGAAUGGGAUUCUGAGGAGUCAGAACAGGAGUUCUAGUUCUAUUAUGUCUGGAUUUUUUUAUUUCAUCCAUUUUUCAAUAGAUUAAUAAUUUGAGUCCAAAAAAUACAAACAGUUUGUCUGAUGCAUAUUGCUUUAAUGGAUGAAUUAUUUCAUUCUAAUCCUAAGAUAGAGAGGAAAAUAAACCAGAAAAACUUGCCUGAAGUAAAAAAAAAAAUUAUUUUGUACAACUAUGUAGAUUGUUUGUAAUCACAGCUUCCCUCAAACAUGCCAGAUUAAAAAAAGAUUAGUGUGGGGCUACAUUGUUGCAUGAUUUCUUCAUUUCUGCAAUAAGUUAGCCCCACUCUAAUUAAAUAUUUUAAUUCUAAAGAAAUACACUGAAAACAAAUUUUCAUUAUAAAAAUUGAAUUUUCAAUUGUCCAAAAACUAGUAAAAACUUUAUGUAUACCCAUAGUACCUUUUGAUACUUUGUAUAUCCACUAUGUAAUUAGAAUAUAUCAUGCUUUUUAUACUUAAAGAUUAGUGCAUUUUAGAUACACUUUAGAUAAAAUGGCAACUUAAAUUUCUUUCUUAAAAAGUUCUUUAUUAACAAAAAAAGACCUGUUUUUUUUUAAAUAUGCAAAAAAUAUUGAAAUGGGUAUAAUGAGUUGAAAAUCUUUCAAUUAUACUAGGUUGUUUAGAAAAGAACGAACAAAAACAUGCAGAUGUAAAAUGAAAUUUACGGUAUAAUUGACUAGUCAAUAAGGAUUUAAUGGAUCGCUAUGAAAGUUACUAAUAUCUGCCGCAAUUUUAAUUUCCUCUUCCAUCCAGAAUUUUAGCUACACAAUUGCACUUAUUUAAUAUGUUUGUACUUGAAACACAAACAAGCAGCAAUUGGUUUUUAAUGUUUAAUUUGUGAUCUCAAAACAAUUAAUGCCAUCUGAAUUUGAAACUUAACUUUAUGCAUGUAAUUUGUGAGAAAUGUGUUACACAUGUGAUUUGGUGUAUGUUAGGUCAGGGUUAUGAUAUCAACUACUCAAUAUCAUUUUGCAUUUUCUAAUAUUUUAAGAACAUAAUGGGAUUUUUUUGCCAGU